AUGCCAAAAGCUCGUCGAAAAACCCUCUCGGGUUUGGCAAAGGUCGGUUUUGGCGCCGGUCAUGUUCUCAAUGAUAUGUGUGGUACAAUGUGGUUUGGAUACGGUCUCAUUUCAUCAACUAAUUGUGGAUAUAUUAUUCUAGUCGCGCAAUUCGCCGAUGCGAUUUUCAACCUUUGGGUCGGCAACGAGUGUGAUAAGGUUACGCUUAUAAAGAAAUUCGGUCGGCGAAAAGGCUGGCACGCCAUAGGAACUCUGAUGGUGCUGAUAGGCAUUGUUUUUACAUUUUUACCGCCGUUUACUUAUGUUCCGGGUAUAACUCCCGAAUGGAUGGCAGUGUAUCAUAUGAUGAGCUGUCAAGUACUUUUCAACGCUGGCUGGGCAAUCGCACAGAUUGCGCACUUGUCACUCAUUCCUUCGCUAGCGAUAACGGAGCAAGACGAGAUUUCCUUGAACUCGAUUCGUCAAGCAAUGGUAUACUGCGCCUCGAUUCUGACAUACACUUUGGCCGGUUUCAUCAUAAAAAACUCGGUCGAUGGCGCCGGACUUGACUGGAACACGCGGUGGCAGCACAAGACCCUCACAGUCCGAGAAUGGGCGGCAAAGCCAGGCUUUUUCCGAGUAGGUGUUUGCUACACACUUACACGGUUGAUGUACAAUCAGCAACUGCUCUUCUUCCCUGUCCUGAUCACAACAUCACUCAAGUUCCCAAACAGCUACAUUGGCUUUUGUCCACUUGUUCUCUACGCGUCAGGGAUGUUCCUAUCUUUUGCUCUUCCGCACAUCCUUAAAAUUACAGGCAAAAAGUGUAUGAUGAUUCUGGCGACGUUGAUGGUCGCAGGUGGUUUUGUCUGGCUCGAGUUCUUACACACGGCGACGAAUGAAAUUUGGGGAAUUGCAAUUCUCCUUGGCAUGGGCGCUGCUGGAACGCUGAUUAUGUCUCUUUCCUCGAUUGUAGAUGUGAUCGGCAGAAAUCGAGAGUCCUCGUCCUUUGUUUACGGAACUUAUUCGGUCUUCGAUAAGGUGAUGAACGGGCUUGCUGCACUUGUUACACAAGUCAUGUCACCCUGCGGUGAUGAGCACUCAACUCAAGAGUGCCACGACGACUUCCCUAGUUUCUUCGGGCGAAUGGUAAUGAUCUUCACCGGCCUCGCCAUGGUGGUUUACCUCUGCUACCCAAAAUUCGAGAGGACGGAAGAGCACGGUGACGACGUGAUGAGCUCCAUUAUCGUCUCAAAUAGAUUCCAGCGUCAUCACUCAAUGUCACUCUCCUACUCGCAAAGUCACAACCUCGAGUCCGAACGCCGCCCGCUCCUUGCCAACAAAUAA